CUGUGGGGCUGGGACAUUCCUGGUUUGACGACCAGCCUCGCCGCUGCCAUGAUUUGCUGAGCAACUCGACACUGGCUUCAAAGAUGCGUGUGUGACGGAGGCAGCGGUACAGAGACGGAGACUGAGAACUUGGGGAGAAGUUACAAUAACGGGUUUAGACAGACAGGUAGAGAGAGAUAGUGUGUGACUUUACCAAGCCGGGACGUAACGCUUUUAUUCAAACACGCGGACUCCAAACUUCCCACGAGAAAACUCUCCACUACCUCAACUCGAGUUUAGACCAGCGGGAGUUGUCGCACCUUGGCCCCGACUCCCGAGCAGCUCUGCGGUUCUGAAAACUCUCUUUCCCCCCGUCAACCUCCGGCUGUUUUCAUGUUCCUCCCGUCGUUUCGCACUUUGAGCCCGUGUCUAAUGGAGGGCCCCGUACGGAUUUGCCUCCAGAAGAAUGUGUUCUGCUGCUGAUUCACCCGACCGCUCGCAGCUUUCGCCCUCCUGCAAGAGAGGUUUGCUGAACAGACGAGGGCGUGUGCGUUGGGCAACACGGCUGCUGGCAGGGGUCAAAGUGCACCAUGGACAGUGGCCUAAGGGUCCUCCUGUCCACUGUGCUGUGUCUCAGCCAGUCCCUGCUUAUCGGCUGCUCAUCUCAAUAUCCCUCUUUCCGCUCUGAGCCUGCCUCCUUGGUUCAGGGUCAAGGCUCUGUUGCUCGUCUGCUCUGCUUGGUGAGUCCUCCGUCUGCGGCGGUUUCCUGGCGCUUCAGAGGCCGUCCCCUGGACCAGGACACCCUGCCUGCCGUGGAGAUCCACGAGGGCUCCCUCACCAUCCCCUCCCUUAAGCCCAGCCACGUGGGCGUCUAUCAGUGUGUGGCACGCUUAGCCAAUGGGCCGGCUAUCGCAAGCCGCCACGCGCGUGUGGCAAUAGCAGAAAUAUCAGAAUAUGAAGAUGGCCGACGGCGGUCGUUGUCAGUGCAGGAAGGCAGCUCUGUUCUUAUAGAGUGUCCUCUACCGCACAGCGUCCCUCCAGCCCUUCCUAGACUAAGAGUACGAGGGGAGCGGAUAGACGUGUCAACAGAUGACUAUUUAGUGCUUCCAUCUGGAAACCUCCAGAUUAUCUCUGUUUCAGACCAGCACCAGGGCAUGUACAAAUGUGGUGCAUUCAACCCUCUUACUGGGGAAACCGUCAUGCAGUCUCACGGUACCAAGCUCUCAGUGAAACAUUCGGACUCUUUCCCCUCAGUGAGGAUAGUCUACCCCACCGCCCCAAGGACUGUUUCGGUGCAGCAAUCACAGCCGCUGACGUUGGAGUGCAUCGUGUCUGGUAGUCCUGCGCCAGCAGCUAAAUGGUUGAAAAACGGUAAGGAGGUCACACCGGGGCCUUCUCACCGACAGCACAACAACCUGGCCUUUGUUGCGGUGACGAGGAGUGAUGAAGGGAGUUACGCCUGUGCUGCUGAGACCAAGCAGGGGACGGUGACCAGCGCUAACUAUACUGUAAAUGUUCUUGAGCCCAUGUCGAUCGCAGAGGGCCUGACCAACCAGCUCGUCUCUCAUGGCUCCUCCACUCGUUUUACCUGCGUAGCGACAGGAAACCCUUCCCCAAACAUCACCUGGCUGUUCAACGCCAACCCCAUCACCCCAUCGCGCCGCUUCCAGGUCUCUGGAUCCUCACUUGUUAUUACAGACGUGACAUCACAGGAUGAGGGCUUGUUUCAGUGUCUGCUGGACAAUGGGAUUGGCUCGGCACAGUCAUCUGGAAUACUUACGAAGCAAUCAGAUCCACAGCUGGGCUCCACUGCUGGUGUGCCGCUGGAGGCUUCACCGUCGCUCCACCCCAUGCAGAGCGACGAGGGCCAGGAGCGCUUCCUUACCGAAGAAGAAGGCGACACGAUUAACCUGCCGGCUGACAGGAAUAGCGGCCGUCCUACUCCAGAGGCGCCGAUCAUCAUCAGUCCGCCUCAGACUCACAAGCCCGACAUGUACGACCUGGAGUGGAGGGCAGGGCGGGAUCGAGGGAGUAAAAUCAACGCCUAUUUUGUCAAAUACCGUAAGGUCGAUGAAAUGGGAACAGUGGUGGGGAGUUGGCAUACAGUUCGUGUCCCUGGCAGUGAGAAGACCCUGCGGCUGUCAGAGCUAGAGGCCUCCAGUCUCUACGAGGUGCUGAUGGUUGCUCGAAGUUCAUCAGGCGAGGGCCAGCCAGCCAUGCUCACCUUCCGCACCGGCAAGGAGAAGACCACCACCUCCAACAAGAAUCCGUCCAAGCCUCCCAUCAUCUCGAUGCCCCCUAAAGCUCCAGAGGACAAAACCACCAACACACACUUUGGUGUCGUCAUACACGACAGAGUACCCGAGGCCCCCGACCGCCCCACCAUCUCCAUGGCCACUGAAAGUUCGGUGUAUGUCACCUGGAUCCCGAGAGCCAAUGGCGGGUCUCCGGUCACAGCUUUCCGUGUGGAGUACAGACGCGGCCGCAGCGCAGAGUGGGUUGUGGCUGCGGAUAACAUCUCACCUCUCAAGCUGUCUGUAGAAGUUCGCAAUCUGGAGCCUGGUUCCUCCUACAAGUUUCGCGUCGUAGCCAUGAACAUGUACGGCGAGAGUCCUCACAGCAUUCCCUCGAAGCCGUACCAGGUGCCACAAGCGAGCCCGCGUAUCGCAGACCGUCCUGUGGUCGGACCUCACAUCUCAUCCACAGACGCCAUCAGUGACACACAGAUCAUGCUGCGCUGGACUUAUAGCCCCUCGAGUAACAACAACACUCCAAUCCAAGGCUUCUACAUUUACUACCGGCCCACGGACAGUGACAAUGACAGCGACUACAAAAGAGAUAUGGUGGAAGGUGUAAAACACUGGCACAUGAUUGGACAUCUCCAGCCAGAGACCUCCUACGAUAUCAAGAUGCAGUGCUUUAAUGAUGGGGGAGAGAGCGAAUACAGCAACGUCAUGAUCUGUGAGACCAAAGCACGUCGGUCCCCGGGGUCGCCCAGCCAGCACCCCAUCACCCCACCUUACCCUCACCCGCAGGAGCCUCCCAGCCCACCUGGAGGUCUCCUGUACCUGAUUGUGGGCUGCGUUUUGGGAGUGAUGGUGCUCAUCCUGCUGGCUUUCAUUGCCAUGUGUCUGUGGAGGAAUCGUCAGCAGAACAACAUGCUCAAGUAUGACCCUCCCGACUACCUGUACCAGCGAGCAGAGAUGAAUGGCCAUGUCCUCGAGUACACCACUCUUCCUGGCUCCAGCCGUAUCAAUGGGGGCGUCCACGGUGGCUAUGGGCACAGUGGUCCCAUGUUACCCCAAGGGUGCCAUCACCUCCACCACAAACUCCCCAACGGCUUGGCGUUGCUCAACGGCUCCGGCAGUCUGUUCUCACCCGGCCAUCCACACGGCCACCCACACAGCCACGAUGGCACCCUGCCCCACAGCACCCACGACUGCGAGCACUCGCACCCCCACCACCACCAUAAUGGUGGAGGCAUGUACACAGCUCUUCCCCAAACAGAGUCGUCUGAUUGUAUGAGCUGUCAGAACCUCUGCAACAACAAUAGAUGUUACAACAAGACCAAUGGCACUCUGCCUGUAAUGCAUCGCGUGGCGCCAUGCCAGCAGGACGGUCUGGAGAUGGUGCCUCUGGGCCAGGUGUCGUCGCAGUGCUACGGCCCCGACAGCCACAUGCACACUGGUGACCAGGGAGCGGACGCAGGGUGCCAGCAAGACGAGCACAGGGAGUCCUCGCCCUCACAGCAUUCCUGCUGUCUGGUCGGGAACAAUGAAAACUGUAUAGCAGACAAUACUGCUGAGGAGGAGCUGGAGUGCAUGGACAUGGAGGGGCCUGUGGUGUGCUGGGAGAGUCUUGGCCUGCCAGACUUGGACUGUGACGAAAAGCCUGGGUGGAUCUCAAGCAGCAGCCUCGCAGGCGAGCUGAUCCAGCCCAGCCCACAGGAGGUCUGAACACAGGCCACACACAAACGCACUCUCCUGCAGCGUGGAGGGCUUAGAGAAACCACACAGAGAAGACUGGACGAGAGACAGUGGUGGGAAUGUCACAGAGGACCAGCGAUGGGCGAGUCAGAGACACUGCAUGUUACAGUGACAGGGACACUAAACGUUCUAUGGACUGAGCUGAGAUGAACAAAGUGUGAAAAGAGAGCAACUACAAGAGACUGAGAGCAAGGCCAGAUGGAGGGAAAUGCAAAGAGCAAAGGAAAAGUUGCUCAAAGACAGAAAUGAUAUCCCACUGGGUGGAAGACUCUCAUAAGAUCAAAAACUUCAAAGACUUAUUUAUUUUUUGUAGUAGUGAAAUAUUAUUUCAUAUGAAUGUAUCUGUUUUAAAGUAAAAGAAGUUUGUCUUUUAUAUUAUUUAUGCCUUUUGGAUGAGAAAUACUUUUUAUUUUUUGUUGUUGUUUUGUCCCUCUGUGUUCCACUCAAGUGUGGAGAUUGGCAAUUGUCCGUGUAAAGUUUUGUGAUAAUAUAAAGAGAAGAUAUGGAAGAGUAAACGACAAACUGUUUUCAAUGUCUUUCCCUCCCCUCCUUCAUGUGCGCGACGCCCAAUGAAUGAUUGCUGUAGUAAAAUUCCCGGCCUCACUCCAAACCCAUCGAUAUUUCUGGCAGGCCUUUGAAGUGGCUCUCUGAUGGGCUGUCCCACUGCAGUGACCCCUGAAUGGGGUGAACACUCCCUUCACUGUUCAGAUUAAGGGCUGCUGCUCUUUGCUUCAGUGAAUACUUGAUAGCUCAUCACUUAUCGCAAAAUGCACUGUUGCUUCGUGAGUACUGUUGACCUAGUGGACCCAAUCUGUUACAGAAGUGGGGAAGUUGCAUUAAAAUAGAAUUGCUAAGUGUGAGCAGCCCUCUCACGCAAAUCUGAGUAUGUUAAAACUCCUCUGCUGCCAGUAAUAGAAUACUUCCCAUCCUUUUUAAUUUUGUGGUGACAGGUGAAGUUUAUCUGACCAGGUGAGAUUCUGGUAUCAGGUACCAACCACAGAAAAAGACUAAAUCUAAAUCUAAACACAAACUGUGACAAAGAUAGCAGCAAAUGCUCCAUCCAGAGAAAACUUUAUCUUUUCUCAUCAGUGUGACCAUGUUUUUUCACUUAACCCUGACAAUGCAGAUUGCGUCAUUUCAUUGUGUCGACAAAGGAGUUGCAGUAAUUAAGGGAAGUUGUUUAUGAAAAGACAAAAGGCUAAAUCACCCAAACUCAAACUAACAUACGAAUCAAAGAUCAUCUGCAGGGUCUAAGUGACAAAAUACAUUGUGAUUUGGGUGCACUGGCCGUUUAAGUAAGCACAAAUUCGGAAGUCUGGCCAUCUGUCCCAGUUUAAUGACGUUACAUUCCAUGAUUUCUGGGAACUGAAGGUUGAACUGCCAGUUGGAGCUGCUAAAAUGCAAAGUUGUCUGAUGUAGCUUUAAUAUCUGGCUGUAAAGAACAAAAUGAGCAGUGGUAUAUUAGGAACAGACGGAAGCUGAGUUCAGUUGAGUAAUUCUGUCGUCAGAAUUACUCAAAAAGUCGUGCUGUGUGAUGCUCCUUGAUGUGUGGAAAUACAGCAGAUAACUCAUUCAUAAAACAAGUUGUAAUAUAAUCUUCUCAUGUUUCAGCCUGUCUUGGCCAAACCCAUUUUUCUGAAGGCUUAAACCCUCCAUUGGUUUUAAAAUAAUCUCCAUGAUGUGUUGGCUGAUUGGAGUUGAUAGGCUUGCAGCGGGCAGAUGACGGGGCUGGCCCUGCUUCACUGAGGAUGACUGCGGUGCAGGCUUUCCAUGCUUGGUGCCUGUCUGCCUGUGUUUGUGCCAGAGUUGGCUGCCAGUCCCCAGGCCCUGGCUCGCCUGGCAUCUCUCCUCCCCCCUGAUGGUACACGGAAUAUUCCUGGCAGCCGAAUUUAUUCGCCUGCUGCUGAGGCGUGGCAUAGCCUCUUCCGGCUGUUAUUUUUAGCCUCGAUGGAGACUGUCGGCAUUCGUUCACUUGACUUGACUUAAACUCGGUUCUUUCCCAGGAAUAGUCUGCCUAAGUACUUCAGCCUUGAAACCGUAACGUGUUUCACUUGUGCACUGAUUUGAUUUUGUUUUUUGAGGUAUGGAUCUAAAACUAAAAGUGACUCACGACCCAGAAUGAUGGGAAGAACUGGCCAUUCUCUACCCAGUCUCUUUAAGUUUCCAUUCUUCUUUUAUUUUACUUCCAUGCAGCAGCUCAAUCGAGAGUCCGUUCUGAUUCUCUUGCUGCCAUUAGGAAGAAAAAAAGGAACUAAACAAUGGGAAGGAAAUGAAGCUGGAAAGGAAAGAGAAAUGGUCCGGGGAGGGACAGGGGAUGCUGACAGAUGCAGGCUGGGCUGAUGAGGAGAAGAUAAGGGCUGGGUUGUCUCUAAAUGAGCUGCUCCUCCAUCUCCCACGUCUAUCAGUCGGCACUCUGCCUCAGCCCUGCCCUGCACCCUCUACCCACGCAGCUACAACCCUUCAUUAAGGAGCCCAUGGGAACAAGAAAGCUCAUUGUCUGCCCUGGAAUUUUCUGCCCCUUGCUGCAGAGCCAACCUGUUAACGCCAGUCCCUCUCCCCUCCACCCACCAUUCUUCCUCUCUCUCCUCUCUCCAGCACUCCCUGAAUGAAUGCAAUUCCUAUGAAUCGGGCAGUGUGUUGUUAAGUUGCUUUAUUCAGCCCCGGGCGGUUUUAUCCUUGAGAUGUCACAAACCUCAAGUGAAGCAUGUUGUGGUUGGAUGAACUCCAACAGCAUUCCAAAGGAUCUCUGCAAGUGAUGAGCUCAUUAUGCAGCAUACAACUAAUGAUCUAUAUGUUACCGCCAUAUCCGCUAUUUAUUUUGUUAUCAGACUCAAGUCUUGAUCCAUGAAGAUGACGCACUCGUGCUGGUGUAACUGCAACAUUUGCAGACUGCACCUGUCCGAUAUAAUCAGGGAAACACUGUCUCUUCUUUAUCCCAGCUGCAUCUAUUUAUCUGCCCCCAUGUUCUCCCUGUCAACAGAAUUCUCAAUGUGUAAUCAUACUGUUUUGGCUCAAUGAUGAGCCUAUUGCUGACAAGCAGGUUGGACCUGUUCACCUGAGCCAACUUUCAAAAUGAAAUGAAUGGUAUUCACGCAUCAGGAGAAAUUCAGAGAAACACACUCGCUGAAAAAGAAGUCAGCGGUGUAGUAAUUUUUAUUCACCAAGCACUCUAGAAUAACUGUGCACAGAACUGAGUAAUGAUGUGCUUAUUUAUAAGGAUGAAUUAUUUGCGAGAACAUUUGUUUUAUGUUUAAGGAUUUCUGUCAAGAUAUCUGACGGUUUAAAGGAGCUUAAAUGUCCCCCAGAAAUGAUUCUGGAAUGACAGUUUGCAGCCUUGAGCAAUAUGCUUUAAAAUGAUGAGAUGUGUCAGUCUGCUCUGGAUGUCUCACAGCCUCUCGCUCUGCUGAAAGUGGCACAGUGGCACAGUCUAAUGCACUUAAAGAAAAAAAAAACAACACAGCGGGGUGGUAAUUGGAAUAUAGCAGAAACGGUAAUGACCAAUGUAUUUCAAGAAAAAUAAACGGAAAAUAGUCUUGUCUAAUGAACCUGCUAUCCAGAUGGGUUCAAUAACGAGCACAAUACAAGACUGGUUCGGUUUUUGAAAUGGAAACCACAACCUCAGGUCUACAUGGUGUCACGCUUUGUAAGUUUAUAUGGCCACCAAGACUGCAGGAGACAAUAGCUAUCAUUGAUCAAAGUGUUUCAGUGUGUAUUACACUCCAGUCCGGUGCUAAACAGUCUGUUCAUCCAAAUGACAAAAAGCAUAUUUUUUCACUUCAUUAUUUUCGGUAUUUUUGCAGGUAGUUUUGGGUUUAUUUGCCCAGGUUUUGAGUUUCUGAGAUUUCUGCCUCAAUCUUAAUACAAUGAAAGUGAGUAGAAUUCUAGUUGCGAUGCUUGCAUAAUUAAAAAUCAUAAUCGACAGAACACAGUGUGAUUGUUGUUUUAUUGACUACUUCGUAGAUAGAAAGUACUACUGGUGAAAUUGCAGACUGCGAGGUCUGUGGAUUAUACAGAGCAACCAGAACUUUUUUUCUAAAGACACAUUGAGGUGGUACUCCCAAGUAUUUUGCGUUUCGCAAGAAUAUUUUCUAAAAGCACAAGAAACAGCGGGUUCACAG